UCAGAGAGUUACAUCUGUCCAGUGUGAGGACAAGUUUAUGACUCACAACUGUUUCUUCCAGAUCAUGUGUACAGUCCUUCAGUUCUGUGACUUGUGAUACCACCACUGGAGCUUGGUGAUGCUCAUACUGUGAUCCUUAUAAAGUUGUUAUCUGCAUAAGCCAGUUUCAUAGUGCCAUGUUCCAGAAACAGUUCAGCCAACAAACAGUCCCAUGAGUUCUUCAUUAACAUGCUUACAUGCUUCAUAGCAGUAACCCCCCUUUUCUUUCCUAUCGAUGUCUUCUAAUCCCUCAGUUACUUCUGCACCAAAAACUUCUCAGCCCCAGUUGUUUUCCUUUCCUUUUUUUCAUCUUAUUUCUUUGUCAACGAAGUCCUAACAGAUUUGGUUUUUGGUGGGUUUGGGGCAUUUUGGUAUGGAGGGCCUUAUGGGAACCUAGUGAAUUUGUCCAUUUUGUAUGACAGACCAUCUUUCUUUCUUUGGGCAGAAGUGAGAGGUUCCUCUUUCUCCUUCACUCCACAUCUAAUCUAGUCAUCUAAUGUAAAUGCAAUGCUUGAGGCUAGAGAUGGCACGGAGCCAACCAACCAGUUAGGAUAGAUUCUACCUUCUAACUUUUCUAGAACCUGCCCCUGCUCUCUUCCACACUAUCACAGCCCUAGUUUAGGAUUAGGAUGCCUUCGAGUCUUACAAGAAUUUCUUCAAUUCUCCUUUCAGGUCUUAGAGUUUUGCCACUUUAUAUUACAGCUAAACACAGAACCUUCUAAAAUUGUUCUAGAAGUCAGAUCUGAGCACUUCUCAGCUUAGAGUAUUUAUGGUUUUCCAGCUGUCCUCAAGUCAAUCCAAGCCCCUAUUCCUAGCAUGUGAGCCCUCCCUGGGUGGCUCUGUGACCCUCUAGCUUCAUCCAUUUUUACAAACACCUUAACUAUAGGUAGUUCCCCACCAUGCCCCCCACUCUGAGCCUUUGCUCAGGCUGUGCUGUCUGCUGGGGAUGCCUUUUCUUCUUCAACUACCUGACAGAUACCCACAUAUCUUUGAGAACUCGAAUUAGGAAUCACUACUCUAGGGAACCUUCUGACUCCCACCCUCCAAUGAGUGCUCCCUUCUUUGUGAAUCUCUGUUCCUCCGAUGGACUUUCACCUGCAAAAUCCCUGCAUCCUUUCCAUCUUCUCCGCUAGGCUGGGCUCUGGUUGUGACUGGGUUCCUUUCUAUCACUGGCAGGCUGUACUGGGCUGGAUCCACCACAAACCCCAGUAAAUGUUAAAGGAAUGAAAGCACUCUCGGGGCCGUGACACUCUGUAGGGAGACCUGGUGCGUUGGAGUUAGAUGAACUUGAGUUAAACUACAAACACUCCUAGAGCUGCGUGCUCAUGGGCAAGUCAUUGGAAUUCUGAACCUCAAUUUCCUCAGCUCUGUCUACCUCUCAAUAUUCUGUGAAGUAACAUGUGAGGUUCCUGGUACAGUGCCUGGCUUACUAUAAGGGGUCAAAUAUGUAUCACUCUGGCAGCCAAGAAGCAGAGAAGGAAAAGGUGUCCAGUUAGUGAGCAGAGGGUCAGGAGUGGGAUGUAAGGGGGUAGGAAUACAAACCUGUGAGACCUCAGUGUGCUUGGGUUUCUAAAACUGCUGGUCACCUGCUCUGUUGUGAGCAGCCAAGUUAGGGGAUGGGAGUGAGGGUGACAGAUCACAGGUGCCAAGGCCAAGCCAACCCCUGCUGCUGGAAUGGACCAGCACCCAGUGACAUCACAAUCCUGAGUAGUUGCUCUGGCACUGCUAGAGGGAGACCCUCAUUUCUCUCCACGGAGCUCUAGGAUGUGGAUGUGAGAAAGGUGAGGACGAAGGCAGAUGGCGACAAGGGACAGCCUGAGCUCCAUACCCACGGGCAAGGCUCAUGGUGACACUGGAGAGGCAGGAACGCUGUCAGCUCCUGAUGCUGGCAUUCGGGACACAAGUUCAGCCAAUCAGCUGAAGAUGAAGCCCAAGAAUGUGCACAAGAUUAAGGCGCUUAUUGUCGACCUGGGCUCGCAGUACUGUAAGUGUGGCUAUGCAGGAGAGCCAAGGCCCACCUACUUCAUCUCCUCCACGGUGGGCAAGCCCUGCGAGGCAGCUGAUGUGGGUGAUGCCCACAAGGAGAUCUAUGUGGGCCACGAGCUGCUCAACAUUGAGGUACCCCUGAAGCUGGUUAACCCUCUAAAACACGGCAUUGUGGUGGACUGGGACUGUGUCCAGAACAUCUGGGAGUACAUCUUCGACAAAGCGAUGAAGAUCCUCCCCGAGGAGCAUGCUGUGCUGGUCUCCGACCCCCCACUUAGCCCCAGCAGCAACAGGGAGAAGUAUGCGGAGCUCCUGUUUGAGACCUUUGGCAUCCCUGCCAUGCACGUGACGUCCCAGUCACUGCUGUCCAUCUAUUCCUACGGCAAGACCACAGGGCUGGUGGUGGAGAGCGGGCACGGUGUCUCGCAUGUGGUCCCCAUCUCAGAAGGCAAUGUGCUGCCAGGCCUGACUGGCCGUGUUGACUAUGCGGGGAGCGACCUCACUAACUACCUGCUGCAGCUGCUCAUCAAGGCCGGCCACAAUUUCACCAAGGACGACCACCUGCACAUCCUCGACCACAUUAAGAAGAUGUGCUGCUACACAGCUUUCCAGCCUGAGGAGGAGCUUGGCCUGGACCUGGAGGAGCUGCGUGUGGACUACGAGCUCCCAGAUGGCAAGGUCAUCACCAUUGGCCAUGAGCGCUUCCAGUGCGCCGAGAUGCUCUUCAAGCCCACCCUGGUGGGAAGCAGCCAGCCCAGCCUCCCUGCGCUCACAGCCACUUGCCUGGGCCACUGCCAGGAGGCGGGCUUCAAGGAGGAGAUGGCCGCAAACGUGCUGCUGUGUGGUGGCUGCACCAUGCUGGAGGGCUUCCCUGAGCGCUUCCAGAGGGAGCUGAGCCUCUUGUGCCCUCAGGACAGCCCCGCAGUGGCUGCAGCUUCCGAGAGGAAGACCUCCGUGUGGACCGGUGGCUCCAUCCUGGCCUCCCUGCAGGCCUUCCAGCAGCUCUGGGUCAGCAAGGAAGAGUUUGAGGAGAAGGGCAGUACAGCUAUCCAUACCAAGUGCUGAGCGUGAGCUGACGGGCCAGGCCUCGAACUCAGGCCACACUCUACAUUUACAGAAUUUCACAUAAAAAUUUUAACACAAUGGCUCUUGUCUAGUCCGGAUUUCUUGCUUUAGCCUGAUAGCAGAAGGUUCUGGGGAGUUGGGUUUAGAGGUAUCAGCACCUUUUGCUCUGUUGCAUCUGGAGCAGCAGGGGUGGGAGGUGGUGGGAGGGCUCCUUACUGGCCCCUCCCCUCCUGGAGGUGACAUCUCAGAGCCCAGAGUUUGGCUUCCUGUUCCAUUAGCGCCUCAGGGUUCAAAACCCAAUUCAGCAGACACAUUGAUAGCUCAUCCAUGGACCAAGAGGGAAAUGAAAGCUCAGAUUAAGGACUAACGUGGGUCAUGUAGUUAAGUGGUGGGGGGACACUCAAAACCAGGUGUCUGACUUCCUUCUCCUGUUUCUGCCAGAUGUGUGUCUGCCCAUAGCUUCAUCAUUGCUUGAUUGCCCUGCUCCCUCACUAAACUCCCCUCACUGCCUGCCACCUUCAGAGCUGCAGCCCACAGGUGUGCCUCUCCUGAGUGUGAGGGGCCUUUCCACUUCAGCCAAAAUUGCAACUUUUUUUGCAGUCACAAAGUAGAGCCACUGAAUCCAGAGGAUGUCGGAGGAACCAGAAGGUCCCUUGGAAAUCGUGUGGUUCUCUCCCUCCUGUAGAGGUGGGGAAACUGAAGACCAAGAGGGAGGGGGCCAUGUCAGCGGAUGAGUCCAGGUCUUCUGUCCCAGGUCAUGAUUAUUUCCAGAAGGGCAAACGUGGUUGCUUUACUUUGGGCUGCUAUAACAAAAUACCACAGACCAUGUGGCUUAUAAACAAUAGAACUUUUAUUUCUUAGAGUUCUGCAGACAAAGUCUAAGAUUAGGGUGCCAGUAGGGCCAGGUUUUAGUGAAGGCCCUCUUCUGGGUUGCAAACUGCUGACCUCUUGCUGAGUUCUCACAUGAUGGAAAGGAUCUUUUAACUAAUUUAAAGAAUCAAUUUACAAAUACCUGUAUUAGUGAAGUAAAAUGAGUCAUUGCUUUUAUUUAAGAGAAAUGUACUAUUCUGGAAGGUUUGA